CUCGGAUUCGACAAUUAUGGACCAUGCGAACAACAGCGCGAGAUCCGUUCCGCGGCCGUUAAUGUCCACCUUCGUCCAAAGCAAGCAAGGUCAUGUCGGUGUUUCGAUGGAAAGGCAUGUUGGACGUUCUGGACAAGGAGUGGAUGUGCGACUCCCUUGCAGACGACGACAUUAGCGUGCCCGAGGAAUUGGACGCCACACUCGACGACGACGCCAGCACGUUGCGUUUCGGCAUGUUGCCCGUCAACGGAAGGGAACCUCCCGAGCGAUGGAACGACUUGGGCUUGGACCUGUUUGGCCCGCCGCAAGUUCCUCCAUGACGUUUGAACAAAGAUCCCGUGAAAAUGCAGUAUCUCCUUAGCGUCUACCA